AUGGGCUUCCAAAAAUUCUUCUUGUUUCUCUUCUUCCUUCUUUUUGGCUUGUCUUCUUCUUCUCCAUCCUACAUCAAAUAUGAUGUGGUUGAGGCUCGUGUUCAAACGGGACGUGCCCUUCUUCAGCAACAAGGAAAUUGUCCCAUUGAUUUUGAGAGGGAAAACUACACCAUCAUAACAAGCCAAUGCAAAGGACCUCACUACAAUUCAUCAAUAUGUUGCAAUGCAUUCAAGCAAUUAGCAUGCAAACAUACAGAAGAAAUAAAUGAUGUGCAAAAUGGAUGUGCUACAACUAUGUUUAAUUACAUUAAUCUCUAUGGCAAAUAUCCACCUGGCCUUUUUGCAAAUAUGUGCAAAGGGGACAAAGAAGGUCUAAAUUGCAAAGAUGUUAUUCAGCCUGAAUGCAAAACUGAUGAACAAAAGAGCCAUUCUUCAAAAGGUACUACUAAAUGUUCAACAAUUUUAAUGGUAAUAGCCGCUUUUCUAAUCAUAUUAAUGUUAAAUAUAUGA